AUGGAUUCAUUCAGGAGCAUGCAGGACUACAUGUCGCAGUCCACUUUCCUUUCUCUUUUGAAACAAAAAGCUCAAGAUCAGAUGAUGGCAUCAAUGAACCUAUCCUUUGCCUUUAAAACAGUGUGUUUCGCGGUGCUCUUUUUCUACUUGGGGUCUCUUUACUUGAAGAUGGAUAGACAAAAAUCAGAGAACUUAUACGCCAGGUCGAACCCGUACCAAGCCAUCGAAUACAGAAACAUUCAUCCGUCGAAGGACCAAAUGGAGGAAUGGAAACGAAGCACAUGGACAAAUUGGUUGGUCCAGUUAGAUGAGGAAUGGAAAGAAUUCGUUGAACAGAUUGAGGAAGAUAAAAAGGAAUGGAUCGAAGAAAAAGAAGGAGACUGGGUUAUGCUACUCAAGGAUAUUGAAAACAAGUGGCUACAUUUCAACGCAACCUUAGAUGCAGAAUACCAAACAGACAUGCUAUCUAAAUCAGAAACCUGGGAUGAGAGAGAAUGGAAAAUGUGGAUUUCUACAGAAGGAAAAGAAUUUCUAGAGGCAGACAUAAAAAAAUGGUUUACUAAUAACGCAAUGAUUUAUUGCAAAUGGGCUAUGGAUGAAUGGAAUGAAUGGAAAAAUGAGAAAAUAAAAGAUUGGAUUACUAGCGAAUGGAAAGAGAGUGAAGAUAAAUACUGGUCCAAGUAUGAUGAGGCCACUGCACAAACACUAAACAUGGAAGAAAGAAAACAGUGGUAUAAAUGGAAAGAAAGAAUAUACAGAGAAGGAAUUGAAUGGAAAAACUGGAUUGCCGUUAGGGAGAGUAGAUUUGUUAACUCGAACUGGAACAGUUGGUCCGAAUGGAAAAAUGAGAAGCAGUUAGAGUUUAAUGAAUGGGUUGAUAUCUUCGUUGAUAAAUGGAUUAAAGAGAAACAGUGGCUCGUGUGGAAUGAGGAGAGAAAAAAUUCCGCCAACUUGAAGAAACCUGUCGAGGAAGAAACUGGUCCAAGUGGUCUCGAUGGGGCAAGUGCAGGUACCUCUGCAGUCGGUGGUGAAGAAGAAAAAACCUUUGGUGGUGGACCAGGAAGAACCCUUGGUGGUGGACCAGGAAGAACCCUUGGUGGUGAAGAAGGAAAAACCUUUGGUGGUGGACCAGGAAGAACCCUUGGUGGUGGACCAGGAAGAACCCUUGGUGGUGGACCAGGAAGAACCCUUGGUGGUGAAGAAGGAAAAACCUUUGGUGGUGGACCAGGAAGAACCCUUGGUGGUGGACAAGGAAGAACCCUUGGUAGUGAAGAAGGAAAAACCCUCAGUGGUGAAGAAGGAAAAACCCUCAGUGGUGAAGAAGGAAAAACCCUCGGUGGUGAAGAAGGAAAAACCCUCGGUGGUGAAGAAGGAAGAACCCUCGGUGGUGGACAAGGAAGAACCCUCGGUGGUGGACAAGGAAGAACCCUCGGUGGUGGACAAGGAAGAACCCUCGGUGGUGGACAAGGAAGAACCCUCGGUGGUGGACAAGGAAGAACCCUGGGUAGUGAAGAAGGAAAAACCCUCGGUGGUGAAGAAGGAAAAACCCUUGGUAGUGAAGAAGGAAAAACCCUUGGUAGUGAAGAAGGAAAAACCCUCGGUAAUGAAGAAGAAAAAACCUUUGGUGGUGGACCAGGAAGAACCCUUGGUGGUGGACAAGGAAGAACCCUCGGUGGUAUAGGAGGAAGAACCCUCGGUGGUGUCGGAGGAAAAGUUUUCGGCACUCAAGGAGGAAAAACCCUUGGUAGUGAAGAAGGAAAAACCCUUGGUAGUGAAGAAGGAAAAACCCUCGGUAAUGAAGAAGGAAAAACCCUUGGUAGUGAAGAAGGAAAAACCCUUGGUAGUUAA